AUGUAUAAACCUGUAUGUUUUGGUUCUGAAAGCAGACCCCCCUCAGCCUACACCCUGCCUACAUAAAGGUAUAUAUUAUAUUUUUGCUCUGCCCAUAUACAGAUGCUACGCAAAUCAAUUAUUAUUAUUAUUCUUAUCCCAGUCACAAAUGGAAUUAAGUUGUAUAAAACAAAAAAUGAGAUAGCAUAAUAUGUUAUAGUAGCGGGUUUCUUCUUUAACACUCAAAAUAUGUUUCUCUUCUCUUCCAGGUUCAAGAUUUGCUUCUUUUAUACCUACAACCUCAGCUCUUAGUACAUAAUGAGCAUUUUAACAUGUACAUACAUGUAGUUUUGUAUAUACAUGUAACUGUUUUAUAAAUAUUUGACCCCCAGGUCUUUCUUAUUAUGUACACGUAUAUGUAUCUGCCCAUUUAUUACAAGUAUAGGCAUAUAUAUACAUACAUGUAAAAAUAAUUUGUAAAUACAUGCAUUGUAAUUUGUAUAUAUAUAAAAUAUCAUAUAUAUACCGAGCCUGAAAGGUAUCAUCUACGAUAAUUAUGAUGAACACAUGCAGUCGUAGAAGUCUAUUAUUCAUGUCGGAGAACUUUAUGAAACCACCUGUGCCCGCAUUGUGUACUUGUCUAUAUAGCCAAUCAAAUUCUAAAAAACAUUUUUCAGCACACAUGUAUCAUUCAUAUUGGUUUAAAGGUUUAAGCAAUAACGAUAAGUACUGCGACAUAAACACAUCUCCAUCUUGCCGACUUUCUACAACAAGUGUAAAUCCAAAAUUGACAAUAGAUGGUGUAUUCUCUGAUGCCAAUUUUGAGCGAGUUAAGAAGGAACGUUUUGAAAGUGAAGUCAGUGCGAAGUCCUGCUGCACUUGGAAUGAAGGAGAAACCCGCAGAAGCAGCUGUCUUGAUUCCAUUAUGCUACGUUGAGCGUAAACCAUCGAUUCUGUUUACCGUUCGCACGUCAUCAUUACGUAAACACAGAGGCGAAGUCAGUUUUCCUGGAGGCCAUAUAGACUCAACUGAUAAAAAUAUAGUCCAUUCAGCUCUUCGAGAGAUGGAGGAAGAGAUAGGCAUCUCCAUGGAUAAGGUCAUAGUUCUCGGAUCCAUGCCAGCAUUACCAUCACGUUUGAAUAUGUUUGUCACACCAGUUCUGGGAUUUUGUGGAGACAUAGAUAUAAACAAGCUGAAACUUAGUUCAGAUGAGGUAGAAGAAGUGUUCUCAAGAAGUAUAGAGUCUUUAUGUGAUCCCGCUAACUUUGGAACAACCCAGUUUCGUACUGGCACUGGUUACACUCUUCCCGUAUACAUUGGAGGAAAUCAUCGCAUUUGGGGAUUUACUGCCAUAGCUUUGCACCAUACGUUAACUCUGCUUGCCCCCUCGCUUUACAGAGCUAAAGUUAGACACAGACGCUAAUGUGAACUCUACUUGUCCCCUCGCUUUACAGAGCUAAAGUUAGACACAGACGCUAAUGUGAACUCUGCUUGCCCCAUCGCUUUACCGAGCUAAAGUUACACACAGACGCUAAUACAUGUGUACAUGGAAAAGCAUAAAACAUUUACAUUAACAAGAAUAAGUUCCAGAUCAUGGUACAACUAAAUAUAAAAGGUACAUUUACAAGCAUAGGUUCCAGAUAUCCUGGUACCACUAUAAAUAUAAAAUGUACAUUUACAAGCAUAGGUUCGAGAUCCUGGUACAACUAAAUGUAAAAUGUACGUUUACAGGCAUAAAUUUGAGAUCCUGGUUCAAGUAAAUAUAAAAUAUACAUUUAAGAGCAUAGGAUCAAAGAUCGUGGUACAAUUAAAUAUAAGAAGUACAAAAUCAUAGGUUUCAGUUAAGACCAUUGUGAACUGUGUUCAGAAUAAGUAGGGUAUAAUUGAAAGGAAAGGAAUGUUUGUUGUAUGACACCUCAGCACUUUUUAAACCACAGUAAUUUCGUGUCUAAUGUGGUUAUCUCAACACAUUUAAUCUACGGCAAUUUGGUGUCUUAACGUGGCUAUCUCGUGAGAAAGAGAGGACACCUGCUGCUGUCACACAAGCUACUCUUAUAAAACAAAACCUGCAGAAAGUGAUCUCUUGUAUGCACUUUUCCAUAGGCAGGCCAGUAAAGAUUGCAGCCUGGUUUAAGACUCUUAGUACCAUGGACCGGCCUUGGUGGCGUCGUGGCAGGCCAUCGGUCUACAGGCUGGUAGGUACUGGGUUCGGAUCCCAGUCGAGGCAUGGGAUUUUUAAUCCAGAUACCGACUCCAAACCCUGAGCG